AUGUCUGCUGAUUUGUCAUGCACAACUCUGGCCAGCGACAAGGCUGAGAUGAGAGUCAAAGACCCAGAUGAUCGUCCUUAUAAACGUCUUGUGCAGUCAAUGCGGAAAAGUCAUCCUAAUCUCUCGAAUCUGGAUGAACUCCUUACACGUCCUUCUGAGAAUGGCCUUGCCGCAGCGAUCCAAUUCCGUGAUGACCAAGUGUCAGUCGAACGAUUUACCAGAUCAACUGAUUUGGACGAAUUCCUGAAGCGGCACGCCAAGGGUGAUCGCAGGCUGUUCCUUCUCCAGGGGCUGCCGUCCAACUACAUCGAAGUUUUAGGGCCUUCGUUCAACAUAGACCCCAACUUCUUUGCAAGGCAGAUUCAAAGUGGCAUCCUUCACACAAGCAAAGGUGUACGAGACAUCCCGCUGCUUCCCUCGCAUCCAACUUCCAAGGAAUCCUUUUGUAUCAGGUACCAUGAGCUCCGCGAGUUUGAAGACCCUAUUCGUGAUUGGGAACUCCGAGUCCUGGACCAGGCUCGCAGAAUCAGUGUAACAAAGUGGAACGGGGAGUUUGACGGCGUCGGCAUCGUUCGUAAGAAUGCGAGCGUUUGGUUCAGAUCGAAAGGCGAAAAUGCAUGGGAUGGUACGUUCUUCUAUCCUAAUCAAUUCCCAAUCGCGCUUCGUGACUUUGGUGGGACAAUCAACAUUGACAGUGCCUGCGCAGCAAUCAUUCUGGUGGACCCUCCAGUAGGGGACCAGUUCUAUGUGGGUGUCGAAAAUAGUAAUCUGCCUUCUACUCUCCGGAACAGGCUUUACCGAGGAGGCUAUGUCGACUUUUCUCCUCCUGUUCACGGUGAUAUUAGUUCCUAUAAUGCCGCUAAUGCAGGUCCGACCAGAGCGAGUGCCCUCGAAGAUCUCAUUUAUUACUACACCAAAUCACAGCUCGCACAGAGCACUGAUUACAGCUCGCCGAAUGCGGUGACGGGUGUCUUGAAACAAUAUGUGGCGUCACAUUGGAUGAUCCUGCUACAAUACAGCCUUGAUCUUUUGCUCAAAUACGAGAACACAUAUCAUCGAGCGUGUUUUUUUGCAAGUCUAUCUUCAUCAUUGAUUCAAACGGCCUUACGAGAUGUCCAGCACCUGAAUGAUCGUGUCGCCGGUUGGUGUGAACAAGUGGAUCGUUCACUCAAGCAAUUCAAAGCGAGUGAUACGCUAGGCAGCUUUCCUGGACAAAAGAGGAAUGAGACAAGUGAAGACGACUUCAUCCAUAUCUUGCACCAACUUCGUGAGCUGAGGCAAAGAGUACAAACUGUGAUUACUUCCAUGGCCGGACUCAUCAGUAUCAUCGAGACAAUGAGAAUGAAGGAACUCUCUCUCCUUGCCAUGGUUUUUAUCCCGCUGGGCUUGACGUCGGGAGUCUUCAGCAUGGAAGGCAACUAUGCUCCGGGUGGAUCAGCAUUCUGGGUAUUCUGGGUGGUUGGGAUAUCUCUUGUGCUCGUUGUUUUUGGUGUUGCUUUCGGAUUGAAUCCUGGACUGUCACUCAUAAGAUCACUGAAGUUCAGGAAACAGACGUUCAAGCCAGCAGCGAAGCAGAAAACUUCCAAGGGAUCCUACCCAGAAACGGUCUGA